UCUAUUAAUUAUCCCAGCAGUUCAUCAAUCCUUACCAAAAAAAAAAACCAUUCGUUAAUCAUAACACAAAAUGUCCAUUUUCGCGAUCUGCCUAAUUAUUUCGAUCACAAUAUAUACAACCUUGUUUCUUGUCCAGAGAUCAAAGUCAACGCGCCGGAGAGGUCUCCGGCUGCCGCCGGGGCCUUAUCCCUUUCCGGUCAUCGGAAAUCUCUUCCAAAUUGGCCGGAAUCCACACCGAUCCCUCGCCCGACUCUCCAAAACUUACGGGCCAUUGAUGUCCUUAAAGGUUGGGUGCCACAACAUUGUGGUUGUUUCUUCGCCGGAGGUCGCCAAAGAAAUGUUCACCAAACACGACCGCAACAUCUCCGGUCGGUUCGCGCCGGUGGCGACCGAGGCAUACGACCACCACAAGUACAGUUUUGUCCUGUCCCCUGUCGGACCCUUCUGGCGCAAGUGCCGUACAAUCUGCCGGGAACUUCUGUUCUCGGCGCAAAAACUUCAGGCCAGCCAGGGCCUCCGGCGAGACAAAUUGAUGCAGCUGUACGAGCACGUGAAGGACUGCGCCAGUCGCGGCCGAGCUGUGAAUAUCCAAGAAGUCGUCUAUACAAACACGAUUAACCUCAUGUUUGCAACCAUGUUCUCUUUUGAUUUUGGGGAGGUCGAUUCGAAUGCCGCAAGGGAGCUCAAGGAGGCCCUGGAAGAAGUGUUCAACACAGUUUUUGCGCCGAAUUUGGCGGAUUACUUCCCCGUUUUAAAAGGGACAGAUCUACAGGGCAUUAAGCGUCGGGGAGAGAAAUCUUUUGGGAAAAUCUUGGGAAUUCUUGAAGAUGUGAUUCAGAAGAGAUUAGAGUCGAUGAAUUCUACAGAAUCUUCUAAAAAAAACGACUUUCUGGCAGCGCUUCUGGACGGCAAUAACAGAAGGGAAUACGACAUCAGCAUCAACGACAUCAAGCAUCUCAUCGUGGAAUUACUCCUGGGAGGAGCAGACACAAUAGCAAGUGUAACAGUUUGGGCCAUGACAGAGUUGCUACGCAAUCCUGAGAAAGCAACUAUAUUAAGAAAUGAGUUGAGGAUUGUAAUCGGGGAAGACAAACAAGUCGAAGAAUCAGACAUAUCGAGGCUUCCAUACUUGCAAGCUGUGGUUAAAGAAGUGCUCAGAUAUCACCCUCCCGGACCACUUUUACUACCCCGCAAGGCCGAAGCUGACAUACAAGUCAUGGGAUAUACGAUCCCAAAGGACACACAAAUUUUUAUCAACGUAUGGUGUAUGGGAAGAGAUUCAAACAUCUGGUCGGACCCUGACUCCUUUCAGCCCGAGAGAUUUGUAGACAGCAAAAUCGAAUUCCAAGGUCACCAUUUUGAGUAUACACCCUUUGGAUCCGGAAGGCGAAUAUGCCCGGGGAUACCAUUGGGUGACCGAAUGCUGCAUCUUGUGAUCGCAUUUCUUGUUCGCGACUUUGAGUGGAAACUUGAACGAGGACAUGAGCUCGAUGUUAGCGAGAAGUAUGGCACUGCGCUGCGCAAGAGGGUUCCGCUUAUAGCUGUUCCUUCAAUGCUGAGCUUCAGCGUCUAAUUAUGACUUCACAAUAAAUUUAUU